AUGAAGGCUCAGCGUGCUGCGAAGGUAAGGCGGCAUGUGCAGGCGCUGGUGGUGGAUCCGGACAUGACAGUCAAGGUGCACAAAGGCGACACGCUCUGGGGCCUGGCGCACAAGUACCAGGUGCCAGUGGACGCGCUGCGCAGUGCGAAUCCCGAGGUACGCGGCGACCAGGUGCUGGCGGGGUCGCGCCUGUUCAUCCCCAACGUCAUCAGCGACGAGGAGUUUGACGUGCGUGCCAACGAGGAGUAG